AUGGAAUGUACAAAAGAUUUCUUAUGUUCACAGCUACCUCAAGUGAUAGUUUUUGUUAGUCCUAUCAUUUGGCAAAAUCAUAAAUUAAUAGCUGAACUUCAAUGUCGUAGGACGUUCUUUGGGGGAACUGAAACUUCAUCAACAACAAUACAAUGGGCGUUGUCUGAACUGAUGAAGAACCCGAAUUGCAUGGCCAAAGCACAGGCAGAAAUGAGAUGGGCCCUUAAAGGGAAGAAAGAUUUGGAUGACAAUGAUCUCGAAGAAUUGAAGUAUUUGAAGUUAGUGGUCAAAGAAACACUACGGUUACACCCUGCAGCUCCUCUUUUGGGCCUUAGAGAAUGCAGGGAGGAAACAAAUAUUGAUGGAUACACUUGCGUGGAUUUUAACGGUAAUCAUUUUCAAUUUAUUCCAUUUGGUGCAGGAAGCAAGAUGUGUCCAGGAAUGCAUUUCGGUUUAGCUAAUGUUGUAUAUCCGUCAGCACAGUUGCUUUACCACUUCGAUUGGCAACUUCCUUACGGAUUACAACCUAAGGAUCUGGAUAUGACUGAAACAUGUGGAAUAUCUGCAGCUAGAAAAAAUGACCUUCACUUGAUUGCCACUCCACAUGAUUUGUCACAAUAUUGA